ACUUCUUGCUCUUCACCUGUUUUUUAUACCUGUAGCUCAGAGAGAAGUAGAAAGGGAUGUAAAAGAAUAAAGCAUUCAAUGAGAAGCUUGAUGAGAUUCCGGCCAUUGUGUUGCAAUACAAGCUACAAGUUAGUUCAUUUUCGCUUCCCAAAGUUGUUUCAGAUUAAUCCUCUUUCAAGCUUUGCCAAACCAUCCAAGUCUAAGAAAACCAAAGAGACCAUCCAGUUGGAAAAGGAAAAGCAAAAGGAGACUGGCGCCAUUUGGUCUUUUUUCAGUGAUAUUACUGAGAAUUUACGUACCAAUGACUUCUCUGCGGAAGCUACCUCAUCUGGAAUUUUGAUACCCAAAGAAAAUAGUGUACGGGACAGUGCGGUUGUGGAAGGGUCCUCGCCUUGUUCCCCAACUGUUUGUAAAAAUGCCGAGGAUGGUAGAUUACAAGAAAAUGAGGAGAUUUCGGUGUUGGAAGAUAUCCAGUUGGGCAAUUUGGUUGGAGAUGAUGUUAGCCCGGUUGUUCAUGAGGUAACAAAAAUUGUUCGGGCGGAAGAUGAUUCUGUUUCGAUGGAAGAACGGUUAGCAAACAUGAGUGUUCAGUUGGAUUCCGAAAUCGUCGAUAAAGUGUUGAAGAGGUGCUUCAAAGUGCCACAUUUAGCUAUGCGGUUCUUCAAUUGGGUAAAGCUCAGAGAUGGAUUAUGUCAUACAACUAAGACAUACAAUACCAUGCUUCACAUAGCUGGGGAAGCUAAAGAAAUUGAGCUCAUGGAAAGGCUGGUGGAGGAAAUGGAGAAGAGCUCGUGGGAACAGGAUAUUAAGACUUGGACCAUUCUUAUCUCACAUUACGGGAAGGCAAAAUUGAUUGGCAAAUCCUUAUUGAUCUAUGACAAAAUGAGAAAAUCUGGUAGUGAACCGGAUGCAUUGGUUUAUAAGGUGAUGAUAAGUUCGCUUUGUGAUGCUGGUAAAGCAGAAAUUGCUAUGGAGUUUUACCGGGAAAUGGUCCAGAAGGACAUUGGACUUGAUCUUAGAUUGUAUAAGAUGCUGUUGAGUUGCAUAGCAAUGUCUGGAGAUACUGAUUCUCUUCACUUAGUUGCGGAUGACAUGAUGAAAAUUUCACAGAUUUCUGAUCACAUUGUUUAUGGUUGUGUGCUAAGGAGUUUUUGUAUUUCUGGGAGAAUCAGAGAAGCUUUAGAAUUUACACGGGACCUUAAGAAUAAAGGUGUAGCUCUUGCUCGUGAAUACUUAGAGACCUUACUGAAAGGACUCUGUAGAGCUGGUAGGAUUGAAGAUGCUUUGGAAAUUUUGAACAUUUUGAAGAAAAGAGAUAUUGUUGAUGGAAAGGUUUAUGCUAUUAUUAUCAAUGGGUAUUUAAGAAGAAAUGAUGUUUCAAAUGCGAUUGAUUUGUUUCAGAAGAUGAAAGAAUCAGGGCAUUCACCUACAACUUCUACCUACACAGAGUUAAUGCAACACCUCUUCAGAGCGAACCAGUAUCAAAAAGGCUGCGAGUUAUAUAAUGAGAUGCUGGAAAGAGGACCUAAGCCAGAUAGUGUGGCAAUCACAGCAAUGGUUGCAGGUCACAUUCGCCAAAACCGAAUAUCUGAAGCAUGGAAAGUUUUCAAGAGUAUGGAAGAUGAAGGCAUCAGACCCACAUGGAAAUCAUAUUCGAUAUUCAUUAAGGAGCUGUGCAGAAUUUCAGAAAUGGAUGAGAUUGUCAAGGUUUUGAAUGACAUGCAAGCUUCUAAGAUUGUAAUUGGAGACAAAGUAUUCAAUUGGGUUGUAGCUCAUAUGGAGAAAAAAGGAGAAGUUUAUAAGGUUGAAAAGGUAAAGCUGAUGCAGAGAACAUAUAAACUUUACCCUCAAGAAGGAAAGGUGUCUGGUGAUGAUGGAUUCAAGGGACAGGAAAUCAAUAUGGACUUAGUUUACCAGUCAGAACCAGUGAUCAAGCAUUGUGAUCAAGUGGAGCCACUUUCAGAGGCUUAUAAUGAGCAGGAUUUGCAUGAAGUUUGUAGACUAUUAUCUUCAUCACUGGAUUGGAGAAUGAUUCAAGGUGCUUUGGAAGAACGCACCAUUCAAUUCACACCAGAAUUUGUUUUGGAGGUAUUGCGGAAUAGCUAUAUGAAUGGUUAUGCUGCAUUACAGUUUUUCUCAUGGGUGUCAAAGCGUACUGGUUAUUGCCAUACAACAGAAACAUACAACAUGGCUAUCAAACUUGCAGGACGUGGUAAAGAUUUUAAGCACAUGAGACACCUUUUCUACGAGAUGAGAAGAAAAGGUUACUUGACAACAUCUGAUACAUGGACAAUAAUGAUAAUGCUAUAUGGUCGGACAGGUUUAACUGAGAUUGCUUUGAAGAUUUUUGAUGAGAUGAAAGCUUAUAAUUGUAAACCAACUGACAGUACCUACAAGUAUUUGAUCAUGUCUCUUUGUGAGAAGAAAGGUAGGAAGGUAGAUGAAGCCAUGGAUAUAUUCCAACAGAUGCUGCAUGCAGGACAUAUACCAGACAGAGAACUGGUUGAAACUUAUCUUGGUUGUUUAUGUGAAGUUGGCAAGCUGUUGGACGCCAGAAAAUGCACAGAUUCUCUUCAUAAAGUUGGGUUCACAGUUCCUCUCAGUUAUUCCUUGAAUAUCAGGGCUCUUUGUCGAGCUGGGAGGAUAGAAGAAGCUUUGGCAAUGGCAGAUGAAGUUGGGGCAGAGCGAACUACAUUGGAUCAGUAUACUUAUGGAAGCCUUGUUCAUGCACUAUUACAGAAAGGACGUAUAGAAGAAGCCCUGGCCAAGGUGGAUUCUAUGAAGCAGGAAGGCAUCAAUCCGACCGUCCAUGUCUAUACAUCCUUAAUAGUUCAUUUCCUGAAAGAGAAGAAGAUAGAAAGAGCUUUGGAAACUCUUCAACAAAUGCAGCAGGAGGGUUGUGAACCCACAGUUGUAACUUACUCAGCACUGAUUCGUGGAUUUAUGGAUAUAGGGAAGGUUGCUGAUGCAUGGAACGUCUUCUACUUUAUGAAACUAAAAGGACCUUCACCAGACUUCAAAACUUAUUCAUUGUUCAUCACUUGUCUCUGUAGAGUAGGUAAAUCUGAAGAAGCUCUGCGGCUAAUACAUGAAAUGCCGAAAAGUGGGAUUGUUCCAAGUAGUGUCAAUUUUAGAACAGUCUUUUAUGGGCUAAACAGAGAAGGUAAGAAGGAUUUGGCAUACACUGUAAUGCAACAGAAGUCAGAUUUAAUAAGAAAACGCAAGUUCAUAGCAUAAUUCAUUCUUAUUGUUUCUGCUGGAUGUUUUAUAAUUAUCUUCCAGUUUUGCACUAAAAA